GUUCACGCUACGAACUGCUUUGUACGACGGUACGCGCAACAGUUGCGUCGAGACAAGACACGAAGAGGUACAAGAAUCGAAUGCACUAUCGCGUAUCGACAUCCGAGUUGUUCAAUCAACAAAAAUAAAUCGGAAAGUGCGUCCUCGGAGUUUUGGUUAAUCAUCAAUUUGCAAUGAAUUGAUUGACUCUCAAUUGGAAACCUACUUCGAAUGCCACCCAACACAUCUCGCGUUGCCAUGGAAAUCCGCGAAAAUGACUACACUGGUCCCGGACUAAAAAUAUUUAGGUAAACAACGGACAAUAUCAUACAUUUUGUCAGGAUGACAGAGAAACGACUGUCGUUGGGCAUCAACGUAAGCAUUUUGCUAAUACUGACGAUAUUUGGCGUGCUUCUGUCUUUGCCUUUGCGAUUGUUGUUCGACACGAAUUACUCCGAGCAGAAUCACGGAGAUGAAAGUGUCAGUGACCCGGGCGAGAAAGGAAAAGAAUCCGCGAUACCGAUAGAUCAUCGAAAAUUAAAGCGCUGUCCGAAUCUACAGUACGAGGAUCGCUUGAUGUCCGUCUUUAUGAGCGAUUACGACGGAAAUUGCACAUACGUGCAAGACGACGAGAGCGACGAUGACGAAGAUGACGACGAUGAUGACAGCGACUCUGAAGAGGAAGAAGAUAGUAGAGAGGAUGAGGACGAUGAGGAGGAGGAAACAUACAGGUCCAAGAAGAGCAUCGAAGAAAUGAAAGAAAGCGCUGAAGAGAUCUUGAAGUCGCGUCAAAUGAAGUCCGUCACGGUGGCAGGCCACAUACUCGUGACGAUGUUGCUCGUAUCAGUAAUAGCUGCCCUCGUUGAAGUACUGCGAAUACGCUUCGCCAGAGAAAAAGAUUCGUCUAGGGCAGGCACGAUUAUUUCACGGAGAAGUUGCUCCUCCAACGUGGACAUAUCCGCCACAAGACGUCCCAUUUCAAGAGAAUUAAUUAGAAGCUAUAAGUCCUUUGAUAUACCAGGAGUGCAUCAUUCCACACUGCGUCUGUUAGGAGCGCGGCCGCCCCCGCUUAUCCGUCGCUCCUCAUUUCCAACACCACAAGCAAAGAAAACCGCUACUUCAUCUCUUUGCGGUACACCGAGUAAAGGACUGACGCGGCGCCAAUCGGCUGAAUCAGAAGAAGAAAUCAGGAUUGUUACUAACACUCUUCAUCAUCGCACCCGUCUAAUUCGACGCCAUUAAGGCGACGAGAACAGUAUACAUCUAUCCACCAAAUGCCUUGUAUCUACAUUGGUGACAAAAUUAACAGGGUACACGUCUUUUACUAUACGAUAAGUAUUGUCAACAGGUAAUACGCAACGCACAAUGAUCACAUCCAAUGAUCUUUCUUACGGUUGCACAACGUCGAAAAAUUUAAGGAACAGAUCUUCCAACGUAUCCCUUACGGCGGCUUCAAUAGUGCUCCAUUUCCGCGACGCUUUUAUAUCACGCUAUUCAUUAAGUUCUGCUUUCUAGCCAAGCAAUCUUUGAAAUAUUUAAGAUUACACUGAUUAAUAUACAGAAUCAAUUUUCAGGAUCAAAAACUCGCGUGAGCUAUGGUGGAAAGCUGAAUUACUACAGCACAUGCCUGGACUAACAUGUUUUAAUAAAAUAAUUUCUAUAUUUUUUCCAUAUUCCAUAUCGUAUAACGUGCUUUAAGAUUAUUUAAUCAAACGAAAGUAACUACAAUUAAUCUAACUUAACUUCUAGUAAAUUAUUAUCAAUCUUUUCGCUCAAUAAUAUUUGUUUCUAAUGGACGUUUUAGAAAUGUAUGAGAAGCCAAAUGUAUAUUCUUAAAUUCAAUUAAGGGUGCAGUCCACUUGAUGCUAUACAAAUACUUCAAAAUAUUUGAUUGACUAAAAAUUAAUCAUUUAGAAAAAAGAAUUUCACUAAUCGAUUAAUCAAAAAAAUACUUUGAAACAUUUAUAACAUCAAGUGUAUUGUAGCCUAAAUUAAUAGUGUAGCAAAACUUUCAUUUGAGAUAAACUAAGAAAAAAUUAUUUUUUUAAACACUUUCCUGUGUGUGUGUGUGUGUGUGUGUGUGUGUGUGUGUGUGUGUGUGUUAUCCGACCGAAUAGUAAAAAAGUAUCGGAUAAUACUGGAUAUUUCCUGGAUAUCCGGUGCACCCCAGUUUUCUUAACGCAUUUAUUAUUUCUUUAAUAUGUGUAUUAAUAUAUCAUACUCAGAAAGAAUUAUACAGAUCAUUUUUUGUCUCUACAAAAAGUCAUAAUAAUAAACUUAAAAUAUAAAUAUUGUAAUUUUCUAAGAAUGUAUGUACAUAAGUUUAAAGAAAUAAUUCCGAUGUAUUUUCAUAAAAUGUUAUUGUAUUUCUGCUUUGGGUCUUCAACAAGCUUCACACAAUUUCAAUAAACUGAUCAUUGUCUCUCUUCCA